AUCGACGCUGAGUUAGCAAAUGCUGCAGCUUGGAGGAAUACUAGACCCUGAAGAAAACUUGAAACCUUCUCGCAUCUUCCUGGUGAGAAGAAGCGGCAGCUGUGACUGCAAUUCGCCUUUGAGUGGGAACAAACAGAACGACCUGUUGGCCCAUAACCGUAGAGCGGCGCAGACAUUUGGAGGGAUCCGAUGAUAGCCAAGAAUUGCCACAUACCCAUUCGUACACACCCAGUGCGGAAGUUUUCUCUUUGCGACCAUACACCUAAAGUGCUCCAUUAUGAUGGCACAAGUGAACACUCACCGUGAAUCGAGGGUAAUGAAUUCAAGGGCAACAAACCAGCACCACAGAAUCCCACCUGACACGAAAUUCUCACGUGAACAUUUCUGACAUGGCCGUUGUCGACGUACGCCUCCCCAAUGGCCCACUGUACCUGGAUAUGGACGGCGUAAUACGCCUCAGCCGAAACUUCACUGUCGAAAUGCUGCGCUCCGCGCUCAACUAUAAGCCGCAGCCAGACGACAAGUUCGUCGUCACGUAUCCAAAGUGUGGGACAACGUGGACACAACACAUUGGCUUCUUGAUCUUUAACAAAGGCGUUCCCCCUUCCAGUGGCCUCGAGUUCUUCAGUAGAAGCCCAUUUAUAGAUAUGCUCGGCGCCAGCAGUGUGCGGGACAUGACACGUCCCGGAGUGAUCAAGACGCACCUUCCUUACCACCUCAUGCCCAUGCACCCACAGGCCAAGUACCUCUACGUAUGCCGCAAUCCUAAGGACGCUUGCGUUUCCUUUUUCUACCACACACGGGGUUUCAGUGGAUAUGACUUCGCGGACGGCAAGUUCGACGACUUCUUCGAGAUCUUUCUGUCUGGCGAGACCGAGUACGGGGACUAUUUUGACCACGUCCUGGGUUGGUACGAGCACCGCAACGACCAGAACGUCCUCUUCCUGCACUACGAAGACAUGAAGGCCCAACCACGAGAGAGCGUGCUCAAGAUCGCCCAGUUCUUCGACCAAAGCUAUCACAAGUUGCUGCUGGAGAACGAGGACAUCCUUCAGAACGUGAUCAAAUACAGCGACGUUAAAUCCAUGAAGGACUACGCCUUGCAGAACUUCACCAACUUCUUCACAAAGCAAAUAGAUGGAGAAGCGCCCGAAGGUCUCAGAGUCUUCCACGAAGCUUCGCAGAAGAAUCCUUCUACUGCUACUUUUAUCCGCAAAGGCAUCGUCGGAGACUGGAAAAAUCAUUUCUCGCCAGAACAAAACGACAGACUGGAGAAGAUGAUUCUGCAGCGACUAUCCAACACGGACUUCAUGGACACGUGGCGAAAGCAUGGUGUUAUGUAGACGUUCUGUGGCCAAAACAAAGUGCGUCAGCUCACAAUAAAUAUGAGUGCAUUAUCAAGUUGCAGAAUUCCCACUCUAA